AUGUCCCUCUCGACUCCGCUGAUACAGUACUGCCUUCUGGGAAAUGAGUGCACGCUGCAAGGCUGCUGCCCCGCCGGACGGGUAUGCGAGGACGACGUUCCUGGUACAAUCACGCUCGACCCGAACAACAGCACGGUCCCGACGCCGACGCGUACCUCAACUGCACCCACGGGCCGGCCGCCCCCGCCGUCGUACGUGCCGCUCUCAGCGAGCAGCUCUGCCCUAUCCCAGCUGUCGGUGGACGGCGCCAAUCGCGACAUUACUACGCAUGUAUCUGCAACGGGCAUGGCGACGGGUACCGGGGCUCUCGCACCCACUGGUGGCGCUUCUGCCGCCAUGCGCAUCGAGGCCGUCUGGACACUCUGGGCGUUGGCUGCUGGCGUCACAGUCCUCUUUUAG